CAUACUGCGAUUGUUUUGUAGCUCGACUGCCUUUCAUGGGAGGAGCUUUGAUUAAACCUGGAUGGAUCAUUACUGUAGCAAGUCAGUUGUUCAUUGGCACGCGAUUGGUUCGUCCAAAGGAAGUCAAAGUAGUCCUAGGUGAAUUUGACCGAUCAAAACCAGAAUUCCACGAGCAGCGCUUCGAAGUUCAAAAGGUCUUUAUUCAUCCAAAAUUUAAUAGAGACAAAGUUACGUAUGAUAUAGCACUUCUCAAACUGAAGACAGUGGAGAAGCGCACGUCAUAUGUGAAUGCGAUUUGUCUUAUUGGCGGGAGGAAAGCACGAAUUUUUGAAGACCGAGAACAUUUAUCAACGGUAACAGGAUGGGGGACGACUACACAAGUUGAUAUUGGAGAGGACCCAGGCCUCUUUUCAAUGCACCUAAAAGAGGCAACAAUACCCUUGAAGAAUAUGAGGACUUGCAAGAAAGCUACGGCCUAUGACUUCAAUCCAAGAACAAUGCUAUGUGCCGGGUAUAUUGGUGGAAGUGCGUCGCCAUGUUUUGGGGAUCAUGGUGCUCCUCUUGUAAUUCAAGAUUCAUAUUCAGGUAGAUGGGUGCUUAUAGGAUUGUACAGUUGGAGUGAAGGAUGUGGGAAUGGUGAAAAGUUUAGCUAUUACACUCGUGUCUCAAAGUUUCGGAAAUGGAUCACUGGAAUGACACGCAACUCUUCAUAAAGAAAAAAUUCCUUUCAAAGAGAUGCUGUGUUAAAUCAUUUACACAAUUAACUUACAUUUAUUGGUUUUUAAAACUGUACUUUGCCACCGAUUGAGGAUUCCCUUUGACGACAGACCUUUUCUGUAAUGCCUUUUUACGAUUGUUGGAGGGGUUGUUAAAACAGAUUUGCAGUUAGAUAUAUACAUAGCAAUAUUGAUAAAAAGACAAGCUCGUUUGGAUGACGUAUCGUGAGUGAGGUAAUGGAAGAUGACGUGAUGGAUAAUGACGUGAUGGAAGAUGACGUAACGGAAGAUGACGUGAUGGAAAAUGACGUAACGGAAGAUGACGUGAUGGAAGAUGACGUAACGGAAGAUGACGUGAUGGAAGAUGACGUGAUGGAAGAUGACGUGAUGGAAAUGACGUGAUGGAAGAUGACGUGAUGGAAGAUGAUUUGGCGGAUAAUGACGUAAUGCAAAACAGAAUAAAAUGAUGCUUUCAAGAAAUAUUCGUAACCAGUCUCAAACUUAUAUGACGUCAAGAGUAGAAUCGACUUUGAACAAUAUCCAAUAAGCUGAGCUUGGAACAUAAACAGGUUGAAUUUGAAUUUCAAGAAGAAGUACACUUUUACUGUCUACAUUUAAAUGUAAUAAUUUUGUGUAAGAGAAAUUUCUUUUGAGAAAUGACGAAAACCUACCGUAUUAUAUUGAUGAAUAAUCCGAAAAAAAUGAAGCUUGAUGUCGAGAUAUA